UUCGGUGGGGACCACGCGUGUGUUACUUCGGUAUCAUCAUUCCAUAAAAUGUGUUGGGGGUGGGGGUGUCGUGGUCCUCCUGAGGAAGGUGUUGAAACUGCAGUUUAGAACAAACCAUUUUUUCAUUUCAAGACAAACUCAAACCCAAACUGUUUGACAAGACGCUUUUAUGAUAGACUGUUGUUAUACAAUAGAAAGAGAGGCGGAAAAUGAUACCUUGGUUCCCUUUAUACUUGAAUUAAAAAUAUUCUUUUCCACAUUUUAAAUUACUAAAAUUAUUGUUUUAUAUAUCCUACUUUCGAAGUUUCAAUUUUGUUAUUGACGCAGCUGGUGCUAUUAAGUUAGACAUGGCCUGGACCAAUCUUUGGUCGAAACAUAUCUAAGUUAUGUAACUAAUACUUUAGUGUUAAUCAUUUAUUAGCUCUCGCGCCGGCGGGGUAAGGUGCACAUGGUUUUCAUAGCUCCCGACAGUGGAUACUCAAAGAAACAAAGAAUGGAACGGAACUCAACCUGGCUUUUCAACAGAAAAGCCUUUGAAACUCAUGAUUUUGUAAUCACAAGGAGAUAAUGUCGUCUCUAUGAAGAUUUACAUAAUAUUAUAUGCCGUAAAACAAAUUCAAAUUGGCAGUGCCUGCAAGAACUUCAGAAUUGGUUCCAAACUCUAUGAUAGGUAGUAUCUUAUCGAGAACCUUCAUGUUACCAUCGUCACAGACCCUAAAAUGGGAAAUGUUACAAAAUGUUGUGGAAAAUUAAAUCAGUCCAAAUCCAAUUCUGAAUUGCAUGAAUUAGUUAUGUGUGAGGAGGAAAAAUGCAUUUCAAGAAAAAUGAGUGCUUCUGCCAUGGAAUUCCCUGAUACUAGUAAAGCACAACUUAUAGAUUUGAAAGACUAUGAAUACCCCUUUGAGAAUUUGGUGUUUGAAGGUGGUGGAAAUAAAGGCAUUGCUUAUUGUGGUUGUUUACACGUACUUGAAGAACUUGGUGUAUUAAAUAAUAUAAAACGCCUAGCUGGUGCAAGUGCUGGGGCAAUGGUUGCUGCAUUAAUCAGUGUUGGCGUUUCAAGUGAUGAGCUCUUGGACUACUUAGGUCAAGACAUUGGCAAGUUGAUGCUUGAUCAUGAAUGGGGAUAUUUAAGCCUUUUACCAAACCUAAUCAAGAACUUUGGCUGGAAUCAUGGCAAAAGAAUUGAAGAAUGGUUUAAAAAAGUACUUGAAAAAAAAACUGGCAAUGCAGAUGUUACUUUCUGGGAGAUCUACAAACAUCAUAAGCGAGAAUUAUGCGUGGUUGUGACUAAUGUUAACCACAUGGCUGUUGAAUAUUGCCACCCAAAGACAACUCCAAAUAUGCCUGUACGCCUUGCUGUGCGUAUGUCAAUGUCCAUCCCUGUAAUCUUUCGUCCAUCAAAGUAUUCUGCCAAUAAUGGAACAAUGAAACAUUAUGUUGAUGGAGGACUUCUGUGCAAUUAUCCAAUCCAUUGUUUUGAUGGUUGGUGGCUUUCAAUGGCACCAGAAGAUAAUUUCAUUAGUCGACUUCGUCCUCUUGAGCAAUUGCACGAAUUCUUUGACAAAUCAAUCAGAUUUGGUACCUUUAAUAAAAAGACUCUUGGAUUUCUCUUGUUUUCAGAUGAUGAACCAGAGAUUAUGCGGACCUAUUUGGAGAACCGACUCAAAGAAUACAGAUGUUAUAAACUCAAUAAAUACCCAGAAACCAAACUAUCCAAGAGCAGAAAUCAAAACUCUAGCAUGAAAAUGGAAGAAUGCACAAAGCAUGAAAAUAUUUGUAGCGCUUUUGAUAAAUUGACGCAGGUCAUUGCUAAACACAACCCAGAACGCCAAACAACCAUUAAUAUGGACAUGUUCAUUGCUGUUUUACUUGAUCCCGAACUAAAUGAAGAAGACCAUCUCCUCCUGUUUGACAAAGUAAUUGUUAAUGAACGGGAUGUUAAGAAUAUCUUUAUGACUUUGGACAAAAAUUCUGAUGAUAAGAUUGAAUAUGAAGAAUUGAUUCACAUUCUUGAAACAAAAGGAAUUAAUGUCCAGUCUCGCUUUCUUGGAUACUGUAGCAGACAAGUCAAUAGUUUACAAUCAUACCUUUCAGCAUUAAUGGAGACCAUGUUGACGAAUACUAAACGAGCGUUCAUAGUGGAAGACGAUAGAUAUCGUACAGUUGGUAUAAACACAGGUUAUAUAGACACCACAGAUUUCUCUUUGGAACAAGAUGACAAAAACUUCCUGAUUAAGCAAGGCUGGAACAGUACAGUGGCCUUCUUCCGAGAAUACCUCGACACUCAUCGUGAUGACUUGAAAGAACGUCUUCCCAGAUCGGAGCAAAUAUCUACUAACGCCUAAAUUUCUAAAACAACAAAAGAAACUGCUAGAAGAUUCUUUUAAGCAAUAAUUUAGCAUUCUGGGGGAAAUGUUGAUGCUAUGACACAUCAGCUUAUAUGAAGCAUGGCACCUUGGGCAAGUAUCUUCUACUAUAGCCUCAAGCCAAUCAAAUCCUUGUGAGUGAAACUGAAAGAAGCCCAUUGUGUGUGUUUGUGUUCCUGCCACCUCUUAACAAGCUGUUGGCUUGUUUAUAUCUUUAUUAUAACUUAGCAGUUCACCAAAAGUCAUUAAUAAAAUAAGUACCAAGCUUUAAAAGAAAGAUGUACUGUUCAAAUCUCCAUGGCAACAGAUGUCCUUGGUAAUCUUCAGUCCAAACUGUGCACCAAAUGGUUUUUAUAGGAGACUUGAAAUCAAAUUCUAGAACUUUUAAGAAAAUCAUGUCAUGCCACAGCCUCACACUCAAGGGUCAAUUAUCAAUCCAAUCACAUGAAACUAUGGUGGUGUCUGAAUGAUUAUCUAUUGGUGAGGGUUUCAAAUCACUGCUACACUAAUAUUAAAUGGUUUCAAAAUAUCAGUUUGUUUAGUUUGACUUCAUUACUACAACUAAUAUGACUCAAUGUCAAUACAAACCAGCUGGGCUUGACUCCACUCCUGCAGAUACUCUAACAACAAUUUGGAGUAGUUUGUCAGACUUGACUCAAGUUCAACCUUCAGGUACUACGCACUGCUUUUUAGCAUAAAACUAUAUAUAU